UUCGUUUAAAAGAAGGAUCUUGGAUGCUUAAAUUCAUUAUACGAAGUGAUCGUGUCAAACGUGUACAGCGUUAUGUGAUUUAGUAUUAUUUAUUUCGCUGAGCCUCGUAUUUCGAAAAGACUCUCUAUGUAUAUAUUUUGCUAUAAAUUUAUGGAAUAAUCUGUGUUUUAUUAAAUAAAAACUAUGUUUUAUACAUGCAAUCGUGCGACUUAUCCUAUUCAUUAUAUAUGUAUGUGUAAUUGUAUUGCAUCCAAUUUUCACUUACGUCCUUUUGGACUAAUGCGCCGUUUGAUGAAUCCUUGUUUAAUUGUCAUAGCUUUCCGUUACACUAUUAAUUCUAUAUAAUGUGAUACAUGUGAACAUUAAUUGUAGGUAUCGAAGUAUAAUAUUUGAUUAUAAAAUUAAGCCUAAAUUAUGUAAUCCUUUCAUAAAAUCAUAACGCUUUCAUAGUGUUCGUGUGAACUUAGUAUUCUGUAUGAGUGAACUCGUAUUCCUUCUGAAUUUCCCCUUUCCUAUUCCUUUCCUUUUCUAGUUCAUGGUUUCGUUCUAAGCUACAAUUAUUUUUUGUAUACAAUAUUCUUGAAUCUCUUAUGUUCAUGCUAAACGUGUUCAUGAUGGUUAUUGCUAUCACGAAUAAUCAGGGGUGUCGGAUCGUAUAUUACAAAAUCUCUAUAUUCUGUAAACCUCUCUAAUUAAGACAGUCACAACGACUUAUAAAGUAGAUAGAUAGAUAGAGAGAGUGUGAGAGAGAGAGAGAGAAAGAUCACUGUAAUAAAUAUCUGAGUGGUACAAUUAUCCCCAAGUGAGCGAGUAUACGAAAGUUCGUCAAUCAAAGUCAAACGCCACCGUAUACGUAUCUUAGGAUUAACUAAGGGGUUUUUUGGUGCACGCUUCCAGACGGAGUGUAGCUUUAUCGCUAAGGUACUUCGCAGCCGUAUCUACUCUUCGGAAUCUAUUCAGUACAACCUUGUCUAACGCGUAUUAUGCUAUGCCUUGGUUCGUUUUGCCUCGUACUUAACGCUACCUUCGUACUUGUCGUUUGCGGACCAGGGUUACUCCGUACAACUUCGAAAGUUGCGGAUAGAAUCGAGGAACAUGGUGGACUUGAUAAGCGAUUCUUAUCUUUGCCGCACAAGUGUUGUUCUCACACACCAGUUAGUUAGACCCACCCACCUAUGCGAUACAGAGCUACGCAUACGCAGCUGAUUUCUUGCACGGAUGCAUAUGGAUUCUUCUAUAACACGACCUUACGUUGGCCUUUCAUCAGUCGUUCCUGGUGUUUCCUCGGUGAUGUGUUUUCUCAACAGUGCAACUUUCACUAAGGGGAAAAAAUCUUUCUGAGCAUCUUUCUCUGGAUCACGGCUAGCAGAGCAAUUUUCCUGCUUCCUGCUUUGCUGCUCCAUUGCCAUGGUGUAUCGCACUAGCACACUGAUAAGGUACAUUAUCUUAUCGUAAAAAGAAAAUAUAUUGCAUAAAAACUGUUCGAACUGCAAUCACACCGACCCGCAGUGCUUUCGAACCCGUUGAGAAGGUUCGACGUACAGGUGUGUUGAGAAGUUCCGCUGAACACCGUAACGUGUUAUCUUGUCGAGUGUAAUCCACUGUACACCGUGCGACAGCAAACGUUUGACGAGCAGCUAGCUCGUACAAGUGUGGGUCCAACUAUUGCGAAGCAUUUCGGUUCCCAUUGUCGAACGUAGGAAGAGCAUCAACAUGCGCACCUCACUCGCACGAACGCCGGAGCUGGAAGCUCGCACCUUCCUAGGUGCAUCGGACAAAGGGCGUUCCACCGUCCAUGGCGACCUGUACCACCAGCGUUUGGCAAUGGUGAUGGUGUUGCGGGCGUACAGAACGCACCGGGAGGAGCACGGAUUUUCUUUCUUCGUCGCAGUGGAGGUGGCGAAAGCGGGCAAAUUCGACGAUAUCAUGUACUUCUACGAAUCACCGCGCCAGCAAACCAACGGCACGUGCUUUAUACAAGCGAAACACAAGCAGGGCAACGGAUUUCGGAUCACGCACGAGGCACUGUGCACUGCCCGAGAUGCUCGGUCGGCUUACUGCAUACCGACGUACUUUAUGUCCUUUCUCGAGGUCGAUCAACAUCUGGCAACCGAUGCGCGGUACGUACUGUGCACUAACGCUACGCUCGAUGCGUCCAUCGAGCACUGUUUUACCGUCGUCGAUCCACACCGUGACCGAUCGUUACACUUUUGCGCCGAUAUAGAAGCGACCUGCUAUCAGUUCCACGGUGACCAACCGUUCCCACGGCUGGUCGAUACGCUGAGCGACCGGUGUCUCGCCAAGCUGGGAAGCCGGAUCGCCGGGUGCGUCUUUGCGGGCGAGGUAAUAACCUUUCGGGACGCGCUGGUCAACACGUUUGCACGUUUGUUAAUCGAUUGCGUCGAGCGGUCAGCGGCACACGAUUCCACGGUGACCACCAUCUUCAACUUUAAUCUUCACUUUUUGCACGCAGCAAAAUCCACACCGGCAGGCAAAUUUAGGGAGGCCUUUUGGGAAGCAUAUCAAACGCAAGCGAAACAGAAGCUAAGCCACAACGUGUUGCGUGCGUUGCCAAUCAGGAUCGAUAACGAUUCCCGCCCUUCCGGUGCUACUGCGAGCACAGAUACGCUUGCCGCGUUUAAUCGGACGGUGGCCAAGUUCUGCAGCAAAUUUGUGCUCGUGUGUCAUUCCCUGAACGAGGCAGGGCUGGGCAAAAAAGCAAUUGCCUUGCUGCCACCGUGGUGUGAUGCAGACCGUGGGACGGCGUUGCACAGGUUGCGGGACAUGCUGUUCGAUGCAAUGAACAGUGCUAAACCGGUCCCGUUGGACCUAGCAAUGGUACAGGGAUGUUUCACCGAUGGUGAUCUCAAGCAAAGCAUUCGGGAGUUGAAACAAUCCUCCAAAGCAUACGCUGGGUGGGUACAGGAACAGUAUCGCUAUCUACAACUAGACCCAAUCCGUCUGCAAAGCUCACCCACGCAUGCCUAUCUCCGGGACGAGUCGUCCGGGAGCGGAGUCCGUGAGUGGAACAGCUCGCUGGAACUGUCCGCGAGCUGUUACGUGUUAAGCCACCUGCUACCGCACACCGGAGACGAGAUAUUAUUUGUACGGAGCAGCGACUACAGCAGCGGGCACGAGUUGAGGCGCCUGCUCGAUGAGGUGCUGUCGUACGUAAGAGACGUAAACCAUCCGACCAUAAAGUUGACGGCAAUGGUGGGCAACCAUCGCGAGGUAUCGAUCGUGGAGCUUAAGGCGCUGGCGGAAAAAUAUCGCCAAAAGAUCGUGGUGAUCGGGACGAUGCGUAACGGGCCCGCCAUAAAAGGGGACCGUUUGGAGCAGUUUUCCGGGCAUCAUCUUACAGCCGAUGCUUGGAGCAGGUUGUUCGAGCAGUCCGAGCGUAAGCUGUUCGGAACCAGGACGCCACUGGGCAGGAUUGUGGAGCGGAGCGAAGAUUUGCGUUUGCUGCUGGAUGUGCUGCAAGCUUGUGCACGGUUCGAUGCGCAGGUCGACCACGAUGUAAACGGGGUGAACUAUGCAAAGAUCCACCAGUGGUACGUCCAGCGGACGGCUGUGCAAUGUGAGCAGCAAGAAAAGGAGAAUGUACAAAUCAGUUGUGGCUGUUUUCAUGAUGUCAAAGUAGCGAAAGCACUACACGAAGAACCUACCCCACCGGUCAUCCAACCUGGCCAGGGUGGAAAGGUUUGCAUCUUGCUGAACGAUGCUGGCCACGGCAAAUCGUCCUACCUCACCUGGUUAGCGUGGCGUUUGGCAACUGACGAUCCGUCGCUGUACGUCGUUAAGCUGAGCGCGAUAGAGUAUACGACCGAUUUCAGCCAGCUGCCACGGCGCGACGUUACGCACCUUGAGGACACACCGCUGGUGCGAUUAUUGUAUCGCUACAUACACUUGGCGUUGUCUGCCGGCACACGAGCCGAUGCGGAUCGAUGUGCGGCACUGCUGACAGUGACCGGUGACGGUUCGGUAGCGCUGGAUAAAGCACUGGAGGCGAAGCUGUCCGGGGCGGAGCUGGUAGAGUUGCGCCUGUUCCGGGCGAAAUUUAACGCACGGCAGCUGGUGCUGAUCCUGGACGGAUUUGACGAGAUUGCGCCAUAUUACAAGGAUGCGGUGAUGCGCUGUUUUGCCAAACUGGCGACACUGGACGGUGUACGAUCGCUCUACCUGUCCAGCCGACCGUACGGGUUUGCAGCCGACCUGCGGCGCACCUUCAAACGGUGCGAGUUUUAUCGGUUAAAACCAUUUGCCUGGAAAGAUAGGAUAGCUUCGUGGCACAAAUUUCUUCGCUGCAAGUUGGAGGGUUACGCGAGCUACGAAAUGAACCACUGUGUCAGCAUCCUAACGUCGCUGGAUGAAAACAUUCCACACUGCUUGCGGGAGUUGCUGGCUGUGCCACUGAUACUCCACAUGUUACAGACUAUUCUCUUGCCCGAAAUAGCGAAACGCGUAACGCACCGCUCGCACACAAUCACCGGCAACAUGUUGGAAGAGCUCAAGCUUGACACGUACCAGCUGGUCGCGCGGUUCGUUGACAUGACGCUAGCAAUGCUGCUCUCCGACAAAGCGGGUACGACCGAGUCCGGUGUUCCGACGGCGGCCGCCAGAAAGAUCGUGGAGCGUUUGCGGCAGGAAAUGCACGCACAACACACACUGUUGGCCAUGUACGUGCUGUUCGAUGAACGGGCCCGAACCGUGCUGCUGUCCGAGGCAGAACGGGCGCGUGUUCCCGGGAUGUUGCGGGAAGUGAUGCAAGGCGAGGAAAAAACGGGCUUUGUGGUUGGCGUAGUGAACGGGAUGCCACUGUUCAUUCACCGUAUCUUUGCCGAGUUUUUUGCGGGCCACUGGCUCUACAACAACAGGAAACGCUUGCGGAAGGAACGCAUCUUUCGAUCGCAAACGAUUUGGUCGGAUUCUUUGCGGAACGUCCGCUACUUCUUUGACUCACUGCUACUAACGGAAGGGUGUGAUGUGCACCGGAAACGGUUGAACGAUUCCUUGUACCUUUGUGUUCGCUGCGGUCCGCUCGAUAAUUCUUCGCCCAUUACCAAGAAAGAUAGGGCUGGCCGGUUAGUAAUCCACCUGCAAGCAGCCAGGGACGAUAUUAAAGCAUUGCACAAACUGGCACCUAAUUGUAUCAAUGUCAAGGACGAGCUGUUUGGAUGGAGUGCACUAGAUUAUGCACUUUUGAAGGAUGAUUUCCAUUCCAUUAGGGAGCUUUUAGCUAGCCAGGCAAAAGUUAAUGUAGACAAUUUGCUGCAGCAGCUGUUUGCCAACGAUGCAGAAACUUUACUGAAGCAGGGGAUUAGAUACGCGUCGCACCUGGAAACCCACAGAUGCCAAACAACCGUCAUCAAUAAACUCUGCGAAGGUGUGGCAAUAUGUUUGAUAAAUGAGCGUGGGGUAGAUAUUAACGCGCCGCUUCCAAACCUGGAUACUUCAGCCUUAGCGUAUUGUGUGCUAGCGAACAGUGGGCCGAUGUUACAUCAGCUAAUGCGACAGUCACGCCAACAGGAGCACCUACUCGAUACCCUAGCCGAGCCAUUGCUGACGCUAGCGUUAGAGCACGAAUCUUACGCCGCUGCCAAUAUGCUGCUGGAACAUCGCUGCUCGCUGCUGGCAAUGAUAAGCAACACGAAUUUGUUCGCCUGUGGUAAACGUGCAAUAGAAGCUAAUCAAGCGAAACUGUUUAAAAAGAUCUUCCGCGAACUGUGCGUCCGGCAUCGGGUUCAGUGUGUAAAGGAGGCCUGCAUCACUCUCGCCUCGGACGAUCACGACGCGAAUGUUGCGGUGGAAAUGAACGAUUUAGAUGAAUACGAUUGCUGUCCACAUCACGAUUACACCGGUACGGCAGACCAUGGUGAAACCUUUCCCCUAGCAUUGCUGGUCGAAGCGGUACAGGCUGGAUCCGUGCGUUUGACCAGUUACAUCGUACAGAAAGCGAACAUGCACAUUAACAGCGAGAUCAUUGGGCAGCUUUCGAAAUAUUACACCAAUCCAUUCCAUAGAAGGUCUGCCCUGCCGUUCAAAUAUCUGCUCACCAAGUUCAAUCUGCCGGCCGAUGGACCCACUCUGUUUGACCGUAUCGUUCACGAAGGCUGCCUGUACAUGUUGCCCUCCUUGUUCGCGGUCGGAUUCAAUCCGCAGCACAUCGGUGCGAAAAGUCUUUCGAAUCUGCUGCACCACGUUCAGUCCAACCGUACGGAGGGUCUAUUGCUGUACCUUCAGCAACGAUCGUACGUGGAUUGCUUCCAACCACUGGAAGCGAGCGGGAAAAGUCUUUUCGACAUUGCAAUUACGGUUCAGCUAUACUAUGCGGCAGGAAAACUGUUUGCAAACCAAUACUCCGAUCAACCGAAUGCCACACAGCGAAACGCGUUAGUAAAGUUAGUUGGAAAGAAACGCGCGCAGGAGCUGAUGCAGAUAUGGCGGAUGGACAGCUCUGGAUGAGUGUGCGGUUUAGUAGGCAGUAAGGCAUAGCAAAUCGAUCCAUAUUGCCUCGUGUUUGAAAGUGUCCUUGGGGGAUGUUCGCCAUUAGUGCUACGCUAGACCGCCCCAACCGUAGUCCAGCUAAUUCUGCACCAAAAACCCAUUCGAUCAAAUAAUUCAACCAGUGUGAAGGGAAAAACUUAGCGUAAGGUAAGGGUACGCGUGAGACGCGUGUUAGGAUAUGCGUAGUCUACGCGGUGAAGCGUAGGCAUUGCUGCCCGAACAAUUAUUUCGACUGUACUAUGUUUAGCGCACAAUAAACAGACCGAAUGUUUGAGGUACCUGU